UUGGCGUCUUGAGAAACAAUGUCGGAUGUUGAGAGUUUAAGAGUACCAUUAGAUAACUGAGUCAACCGUAUAUUUCAGAAAGGACUAAUACGUUGAACUGAGAGAUUCUAGAGGAGGCAAAUCACUUCAGUAAAAGAAAUUAUGGUUCAUAUCACUGAAGAUUUAGUGAGGCGGCGUGCAGAGCAUAACAACUGUGAAAUAUUUUCUUUGGAAGAAAUAUCUUUACACCAGCAAGAAAUAGAAAAAAUACAGCAUUUAGACAAGUGGUGCAAAGAUUUGAAAAUAUUGUAUCUUCAGAACAAUCUUAUUCCUAAAAUUGAAAAUGUUGGCAAAUUAAAGAAGCUUGAAUACCUAAAUUUGGCUUUAAACAACAUUGAAAAAAUAGAGAAUUUGGAAGGAUGUGAAUCUUUGCAAAAACUUGACCUCACUGUUAAUUUUGUUGGGGAGUUAUCCAGUGUUGAAUCUCUCAGAAACAACAUUCAUCUUCAAGAGCUCUUCCUUGUAGGAAAUCCAUGCACUGAGUUUAAAGGUUAUAGACCAUUUGUUCUGGCUACUUUGUCACAAUUAAAGUGGCUGGAUGGAAAAGAAGUAGAACGUACAGAAAGGAUUCAGGCACUGCAGGAUUUCCCAGUUGUGAAGCAGCUAGUUAAAGAAGAAGAAAAAUCUUACCUUGUUAGAAGGAUGAAAGAAAAAGAAACAGCACAAAGAAAAUUGGAGGAGAAAGAAAAGAAAAGACAAAACGAGAAGAAACCUGGUUUUGAUGGACGUUGGUACACAGACAUCAAUAACACUAUCAACGAUCGGGAAAAUGGCAGAGACAGCAGCAAUUGUAUUAGUAUGGAUCCAGUACAACAAGAAAACGUAAAAAUUGCAAGUAACGAUGAUGAGGACCAAGAAUUUUGGGAAGAGCCAUGUGCCUUUACUCCUGAAUCAAGACUAGAAACUCACAAAUACAUUGAAGAAAAAAGAAAGGCCAGAGAAAUCAAAAGGGAAUCAAAAGAGACACUGAAAAAAACAAGAACACUGAUCACAGCAGAAGGACGUGUCUUGAAUGUAAAUGAGCCAAAAUUGGAUUUCAUAUUAAAAGAUGAAGAACAUAACAACCAGUUCAUCCUUGAUCUUGCAGUUUACAGGUAUUUGGACACUUCUUUGGUCGAUGUGGAUGUGCAGCCAACAUUUGUUCGAGUGAUAGUAAAAGGAAAGGUAUUUCAACUCAUCCUUCCUGCAGAAGUAAAACCUGACAGUAGCUCAGCACAAAGGUCGCAGACCACUGGACAUUUGGUCAUUACAAUGCCAAAGGCUGGAGAAGUUCUCCAUUGCAAACAAGAAAUGAAACCAGCAAGGGAAUUAUCUAGCACGAAGCCUCAAACUGCCAUUAGAAGGACAACUGAAACCUUUGAGAAGCUAGAAGUGGAUCCUAGUAAAUAUUCCAAGAUAGAGCUAGCCAACAUUGUCAAGGAGAAGAAAACAUAUGGCCAGGGACCAUUGAGAUUGCAGCAGUUCAAUUCAAAGGAAGUGAAGUGUAACUCUGAGGAUUUUUCAGAUGACCCUGAUGUCCCCCCAUUAAUGUGAAAUGAAUGACAGUAGCCUGGAAUCAGAUUAUGAUUUUACAAUACGUUCUUUAUCCUAGUCACUGUUCUUUAAAAUAUAUGCAGUGCAUCAUAUCUGAAAGCAUAACAGCUGUCCUGCAGCAUAAGUUGUGUCCAAAAGUUAAGUCUAUAUUUUGAAGUUUUAUAGCACAAGUAGAAUGAAAUUUAGUAAAACAUGUUCCACUCAUGAUUACCAACAUUUUUAUGUGACUUCUUCUAGUCUUUUAGUUUAAUAGCAGCGUGUGGUACCUUUUGCAGUAGAUCCAAACUGUAGAACAUUCCCUAAACACAGGCAUGAAUGAUAUUUCCAUUAGAUUUUUUAGUCUUAUCCAGCAUUGCACCCAUAGUCUUACAUCGUUAACUUCACUGUGUAAUGGCUAGUGCCAGUCUGUAGUGCUCAUUUCUUUCCUGCUGUAAAACAGAGCUUGACAGUUUGUCUUUAUGAAGUCCUACUCAUUUCAGCCAUUUCCCAUACAUAUUUUAUAAGGUCUAAUUCUUCAUCAUUCCGUUUACCUCAGCAUAUGCCUAAUUGUGACUAUAAACAGUAUGAUAUCCACCUGAGGAUAUGCACAUUGUAUCUGUAUUAUCUCAUGGUAAACCACAGCACUAAACACUGUUGAUCUGGCCAGUUAUAUCAUUAAGGUAUGCUGAGAUGUGUAA